CAGCGACCAAUCCCGGCGGCCGACCCCCUGUGAGAGCUGCUUCGGCCAAAUUCACUAGCCGGUACCUGAGGGGAUCGACUCUCCCAAACAACCUUGCUUCCUCUAAUGAAAUUUAUGGCGCAGAUUCGGGUGCGGACAGCAGAGUACCGUAGGUAAGUAUAUGAUCGCCAUGAUCGCCAUGAUCGCCCAUGUCCGCACUCCCCCAAUAUUUUCUGGAGAGUAUUGGUGUAUAUGCACCUUCCUCUGCUCACCAAACAGCAAAAUGCAUCUCCUCCCAUCAUUGCUCGCCGCCACGUUAUGCGUGUCGGGCGCCGUGAACGCAGUCGCAGUCAACCCGCUCCCAGCACCCACAUCCAUAACCUGGGGUAGCUCCGGCCCGCGUGCCUUCAACGGGCGGAACCUGGCCCUGAACGGCGCGCCGAAUAGCCUCGUCUCCGACGCCUGGGGGCGCGCCUACGAUGCCAUCACGAGCUUGCACUGGGUGCCACAGGCCACGGAAGCGCCAAUCGCCACUUAUGCCGUCUUCCCCACUUCCACACCAAAGAAGAAGAGAGGGACGACGACCCUGAACUCAAUUACGGUGCAGAUUGCAGACAGCAAGGCGGCGCUGCAACAUGGCGUCGAUGAAUCGUAUACCAUUGACGUCCCUGCCACGGGCCAAGUGAUCACGAUUACAGCGAAGACGAACUGGGGCGCUCUGCACGCGUUCACCACGCUGCAACAGCUGGUCAUCUCAGACGGCCAUGGAGGGCUCAUGAUCGAGCAACCUGUCUCCAUCUCUGAUGCCCCAAUGUACCCCUACCGAGGGAUCAUGAUCGAUUCCGGACGGAACUUCAUCUCGCUCCCCAAGAUCUACGAGCAGAUUGACGGGAUGGCCCUCUCGAAGUUAAACGCCUUGCACUGGCAUCUCGAUGAUUCGCAGUCCUGGCCCAUUCAGAUGGCGUCCUACCCAUCAAUGACAGUGGAUGCUUACUCCGCGAACGAGGUCUACACCGCCAACAACCUGAAAGACGUCCUGAAAUACGCAACUGCUCGCGGGGUGCGAGUGAUCCCGGAAAUCGACAUGCCAGGGCACGCCUCCUCAGGUUGGAAGCAAAUCGAUCCGUCUAUCGUAGCAUGCGCAGAUUCCUGGUGGAGCAACGACAACUGGCCGCUCCACACAGCCGUCGAGCCGAACCCAGGGCAGCUCGAGAUCCUGAACCCGAAAACAUACACCGCUGUCUCCAAAGUCUACUCCGAACUGUCUGGCAUUUUCACGGAUAACUUCUUCCACGUCGGGGGCGACGAGCUGCAAACCGGCUGCUACAACCUCUCCAAAAUCACCACCGAGUGGUUCGCUGCGAAUUCGUCACGGGGGUACAAUGAUCUGUUACAGCACUGGGUCGACAACGCGGUGCCGAUCUUCACGGACCCGAAAACGAGCGGGAAUUCGAAGAGACAGCUCAUCAUGUGGGAGGAUCUCACGAUCAACACGCCGCAUGCGUGGACGGUGCCCAAGGAUAUCAUAAUGCAGACGUGGAACAACGGGCCUGCGAACAUCAAGACUCUCACCGAGGCAGGGUAUCAGGUUAUCGUGAGCAGCAGCGAUUGGUUCUAUCUCGACUGCGGCUUUGGCGGCUGGGUAUCGAAUGAUCCCCGCUACGACAUAUUGACGAACCCGGACGCGGCGACGGCGAACCCGAACUUCAACUGGGGAGGCAACGGAGGCAGUUGGUGCGCACCCUACAAGACGUGGCAGCGGAUCUACGACUACGAUUUCACGGCGAACCUCACGGCCGCGGAAGCCAAGCUCGUGAUCGGCGUCACCGCCCCCUUAUGGAGUGAGCAAUCCGACGACACGACCAUCUCCUCCAAGAUGUGGCCGCGUGCCGCCGCCCUCGCAGAACUAGCUUGGUCUGGCAACAAGAACGCGGCGGGCAAGAAGCGAGUCACGGAACUGACGCAGCGGAUUCUGAAUUUCAGGGAGUAUCUGGUGAAAUUAGGGGUCGGUGCAGCGCCGUUGAUGCCGAAGUAUUGCUUGCAGCACCCGCAUGCUUGUGAUCUUUACUACGACCAGACGGCGGUGGUUUAGGGGAGCGAGAUCGGAGGCAGUCCGUGUACAGAGUAGCGAGUUCUUGUAGAUAAUAUUAAUGUUUUAUUCCUCUACCUUGCAUUGUGUUGCCGAAGUGUAGUAGUCCUCACGUGGCUCGGGGACGUGCAACCAGGAGGAGCAGAUUUGAAUAGCAUGGCCGGACUGAAAAGGCGAAGAAAAGAAAGACAAACCCUUCAAGCGCUCGGUCAGCCGACGAUCGAAAUACACCCGACAAAGUGGCACCUUAAAAUCGCGCCCGCAGGUUGAAAAGGGGGAAAGCGACCCAACCAAUAUGCACAUUUAGCCACAUGAUAGGGAUAAAGUUAAAAGGUC